AUGAAUACUAAUCCAUCAACAUUUCGUUUACGUACUGAAAUUCGUUGGUUUCUGAAAGAGAAUUAUUCAAAUGUUAUAUUUAUUGAUGAUAUUAAUUUAAAUGAAUUAUAUGAUAAGAAAAAACUUGAAAUAAUUCUUGUUGAUCAUCAUUAUUUACGUUCACAAUUAAAUAAAGUUGUAAUAGAAAUAAUUGAUCAUCAUCAAAUAAAAGAAGAUUCAAUUAUUUUACAAAAUUCAUCGGCAAUUAAAAUUGAACUAGUUGGACCAAUUUUAUUUGAUACAAUUAAUUUUUCACCAAGUGCUGGUAAAACAACAGAAAAAGAUUGGCAAAUCUAUGCAAAGCUUCAAAAUUUUCGUUCACACUCUGCUGAUGAUUCAGAAUUAUAUAGAAAUUUAAGACAAAGUUCUUGUGAUGUAACAGGAUUAUCGGUUCAAGAUUUAUUACAAAAAGAUGCUAAACAAAUUGUUACACCAAAUUUGCGUCUUAUUAUGUCCAGCUUACCAACGAAUUAUACAGUUGAAAAAUUAAUUGGAGAGUUAAAAACAAUGAACGAUAUAAAUGAAUUUUUAUUAAAAAAUGAUAAUGCUGAUGGUGUUAUUAUGACUUCUGUAGAAAUUAAGAACGAAGAAACAAAACGUCAAUUAGGUUUUUAUAUUAAAAAAAUUGAAUACAUACAACCGAUUUAUGAAUAUAUUCAAAGGAAAGAACUUAAACUUAAUUUACAUGAACGUACUUUACCGAUGAAUCACCAACAUAUUAAAUUUUUUGAUCAAAAAAAUGUUCAUGCAUCUCGUAAACAAAUAUUACCAUUUAUUGAAAAAUUUAUCAGAGAUUUUAUUUAA